AUGGGUCCCUCUUCACCCAGUCAAGAAAGGAAGAGGGUGAAGGAGGGAAACAAGUUCAAGUCAUUGCCGUUGGAGAAUGAAGGCCUAUUUAGGAUUGUUUAUUUAGUUGUGGUAAGACUAGUACAUUUUUAUUUUUUUUAUUUUAACAAAUGUGGAAAUAACAACAGCUUGUCUAUCUCUUUGCAGCUUUUACGAGAGUUGAAGCACCCUAACGUGAUUGCAUUACAGAAGGUUUUCCUUUCUCACAGUGACAGAAAGGUUUGGCUGCUGUUUGAUUAUGCUGAGCAUGACUUGUGGCAUAUUAUCAAGUUUCACCGUGCCUCAAAAGCAAAUAAAAAGCCCAUGCAAUUGCCAAGAUCUAUGGUUAAAUCACUACUCUACCAGAUCCUUGAUGGAAUCCAUUACCUCCAUGCGAACUGGGUGCUUCAUAGAGAUCUGAUAAAGGAAAAACAGAAGAAAUGGCAUCUUUUCCAAUAGCCUCCAUUCAGAUUUCAUCAGCUCUGGGAAGCUUUCUAGUAAGUCCAUGAU